GUGCUGCUGAGAGAGACAUGGGCAAGGAACAUCGGAUGGGAUGAUCAACUUCCAAAUGAUCUUCGAGGUAGAUGGUCUGAUUUCUUCAGCAAUCUUUUCCAGCUCGAGCAUCUAGAGCUCGACAGAUGUCUUCGUGCUCCCAAUGCUGAGGGGAAGCCGUGGCUGAUCAUCUUAAGUGACGGAAGCGACUUGGCGUAUGGCUUUGCUGCUUAUGUCAGAUGGCAGCUACAAGAAGGAGGCCAUGCCUGUCGACUCAUCAUGGCUAAGAGUCGAAUCGCCCCUGUGACCAAGCUCUCCACUCCCCAAAUGGAACUGAAUGCAGCUGUUCUAUCCAAGAGAGGGCGCAAGGUUAUUGAGAAGGAAAUGCGCUUGGAGUUCGAUAGAGUUUUGCAACUAGUGGACUCUGAGACAGUACUGAAUAUGAUAAACAAGACGAGCACUCGCUUCAAGGUCUACGAAGGAGUCAGAGUUGGUGAGAUACAGGCUGCAACAGAUGGCGACAUGUCGUGCUGGGCGUGGAUGUCGAGAAAGGACAACACCGCAGACUGGCUUACCCGUGGCCGCUCACCCAAGGAUCUACACGAAGACUCUGACUGGUGGAAAGGACCCCCUAUUCUCACCAAACCGAUUGAAGAAUGGGGACUGAAGUUCGGCUUACAGCAUGAAGAUCCACUUCCUGGAGAGAAGAAAGUCAGUGUGGCGAAUGUCGCAAAGCGGAGAGAAACAGAUAGUCCAUUCAUCGACUACAAGCGAUACAGUGACAUCAAUCGUGUCAUAUGGGUUGUUGCAAGACUCCGAGGUAUCGCUAAGAAAAGAUCGUUCUCCGGAGGCAGAACUACAGAAAUCCUUGCUCGAGACCUGCAAGAAGCAGAAGACUUUGUAGUCAAGGACAUUCAGAAGUCACUGCAGAGUGAAAUGAGUAAGUCUAGUCGCAAGGGUGGAAAAGGUGGUCGUUACCAGAGGCUACACCCUACGUUCGAUGAAGAUUGUUUCUGGGUAGUUGGAAAGCGCUUGAACAGUUUCAAUGCCAUGACUCCAGACUCGAGACUACACAGGUUACUUCCAUCCAGUCACCGAGGGACACGCUUGUUAAUGGAACGCGCUCAUCGUGCAGGACAUAGAGGACGAGAUGCAACCCUUGCUAGAUUCCGGCAGUACUACUGGGUCCCUCAUGGAGGUAAACUCGCCAUGUCAGUCAGGAAGAAUUGUCAGUUAUGCAAGUUGCUCGAGGCAAGCCUUUUAGAGCAAGAGAUGGGCCCACUCCCAGACGCGAGACUCCGGCCGGCACCUGCGUUCAACAGUGUGAUGCUCGAUCUGUUUGGACCCUACACAGUACGAGGAGAAGUGCAGAGGCGGACAAGUGGAAAGGCGUAUGGUGUCAUCUUCACAGACCUCACAAUGAGAGCAGUUCACAUUGAGGCAGUGGAUACGACACGAGCUCAUUUCUCAUGGCCUUGAGCAGAUUCGCAAGCAUGCGUGGUUGGCCAGAGAUGAUCUACAGUGAUCCCGGUUCGCAAUUGAUUGGAGCAGAUCGUGAGUUGAAAGAGCACUGGGAGAAUAUAGACCGAGAGGCACUUCAAAAGGCGGCGGCAGAUAAAGGUCUGAGUUGGGUGUUUGGACCAGCAGACAGCCCGUGGAAUCAAGGGGCGGUAGAAGCAUUAGUAAAGAGUGCAAAGCGCGCCAUCCACUUCGCAGUGAAUGAUCAGAGAUUAUCAGUCCCCGAGUUCCAGACGCUGUGCAGCGAGGUGACCAACCUGUUGAAUGAACGACCCAUCGGUAACUUUCCAAAUGCUGAUUCGGAAGUGAACGUUUUAACGCCCAAUAUUUUACUUCUUGGUCGCGCUACUGCCGUCAAUCCGCUGGGAUGGCAACCUCGCGGAACAGGGCGUAUAACUACACGCUACCACCUCGUCCAGUCGAUAACCGAUGCAUUCUGGACGAAAUGGACGGAGCUUUAUGCACCAACUCUGUUAGUACAACGGAAGUGGCACACCUGCCAUCGCAACCUCAAGCCUGGAGAUAUAGUGAUUGUUGCCGAUAAGAACAUGCUACGCGGAGAGCAUCGACUCGCCGAAGUAAAGGAAGCGUUUCCGGGAAGUGAUGGCAAAGUAAGACAGGUCAAGAUCAGGUACAAGACAUACAAAGUUGGCGAGAAUGUGCGGAAAUACAAUGGCGCAAGAGACAUUGUAGUAUCUAGAAGCGUUCAUCGACUCGCGCUGUUAGUGCCAGUAGACUACGAUGUUAAGCAAGCUGAAGAGCAAUACAAGAAGGACAUUGAUUUUGUUUGAUAUACCUUUAUUGCGUUUCAGAGACAUUCAGUGACAUUCACAUUCGUUAUAAUACAUAAGUAGUCAUUAAUGUCGCAAUCGCAGCGACGUCCCCCCCUUCCGGUGUACCGGAACCGGAAAUAAUGAGUGUAUCGCGCGAUUGCAUAAUAGACGGUCAGCGGUUUCGCGAGGGAGAGUAAUGGCGGCGCCCGCCCACGAGGGUAUUUUGUGUUGUUAAAGGGACCAAAGUGUUUUACCGAGUUAAAGUUUAAAUCCAAGGAUUAUUGUACGAAAAGGACUCGCUUAAAAUAAAGUUUGGUAUCUCUUUGA